AUGUCUCCGCGAAGCGAGUCUCGCGGAAGAGUCUCCAGGAGUUGUGGGAACUGCCGGGCGAUCAAGCGCCGUUGCGACCGACAGUCUCCCAAUUGUGGGCAGUGCAUCCGACUAGGCGAGGAUUGCCCUGGAUACCGAGAUGAAUGGGAUCUCGUCUUCCGCGACCAGACCGACCAGACCGUUAAGCGUUAUAAUGCGAAAAAGACGAAGAGCGCGACCAACGACUCCCCUCCGCCCACUGACAGCUUGAGUCCUAGCAUAGACGAGAUAGGCGUGAACUAUUUCUUCUGCAAUUUUGUCGUCGGUGGCCAGUCCUCUGCACGGGGAUGCCUUAACUACAUUCCUACUGUUUAUCGCGCCGAUAGCGAGCACCCGACGCUAGUGGCUAGCAUGGCAGCCGUAGGCCUCGUGGCGUUGGCUAAUUCGACUCAACAGCCCGAGCUGGCUAGCCGCGCGCGUGCCAAAUACUCGGAGGCAAUACGCAAUGUAAACAUUGCAUUAGAAUCCCCUACCGAGUCCGUUAAGGAUAGCACCUUGAUGUCGGUGAUAUCACUAGGGGUGUUCGAGCACGUCUCCGGAUAUGAGUCGUGGAGUCGACAUGUCCAGGGCGCUGCAGCGCUAGUGGUUGCCCGUGGCAAGAGACAAUUCUCUAGCCCCGUCGCAAUUCGCAUGUUUAACCAAGUGCGCGCAGACCUAGUGCUUGCCUGUGUCUAUGGUGCGAAGCCGUUUCCGAAGGACAUGCUGGAGCUACAGGAAGAGGCAGCGAAACACACCGACCCUUCUAGUUCAUUUUGGCUCAUGGGGGUGUUGAGUACUCGGUGCGCAAACCUGCUUAUGAGUGUUAGAAAGAACAAGACUACCGGGGAAACCCCUUGGUCUACAUUGUUGGACGAAGCGAGUGUGAUUGAACGUGACUUUCAAUACAUCCUCGAGGUCCUGGCCGUACAAGAACCGUAUACAACCAUGCGAGAGUCAGGUGGAGACCCGAACAUGAUUUACAAUGGUCGAUUUGACCUCUAUAGAGACUUCUGGGCGAUCAGACUCUGGAACAACCUGCGCAAUCUUCGAAUGAUUGUCUGUGAGAUUUCGUGCUACCUCUUGAACAAAUUUCUCGCUACGGAUCUAGCACCAGCUGUCCGAGAGCAUAUGGAACUGAAGCUCCAAAUGACCGAAGAGACACUAUCCAUGCUGGCCCACGAUAUCCUAGCCACCGUCCCACAAGCUUCAGAAUACCUGUCCUCGGCCUCUGGAUCCCGCUCUUCCGCCGGUCUCCCCUUCCAAGGCAGCGUGCCGGGCGGGUAUAUGUUGACCUGGGGUCUCUACAUGGUAGGGAAAUGCCCGAUUACGACAAGUGAAACCCGAAAGUGGGUCAUCCAACGCCUCCAGAAUAUUGGCAGGGACACUGGCAUCUCAAUCGCGCUGCGGCUGGUCGAGCAUAUAGUAAAGAUAGAUCAAUGGGCCGGCUGA